CGUCCGGCUGCAUACGCGUGUCCGUCGUGUUUGAAGCGCGUCUUUGUGCAGUUUGCUGGUUUAGAUAACCACCACCUCCAAAUAAACAUGAGCAAAGCGCAUCCGCCAGAGCUGAAGAAGUUUAUGGACAAGAAGCUUUCACUGAAGUUGAACGGUGGUCGCCAUGUCCAAGGCAUCCUUCGAGGAUUUGACCCCUUCAUGAAUCUGGUGGUGGAUGACUGCUUAGAAAUGUCCCCAGGGGGGCAACAGAACUCGAUUGGCAUGGUGGUCAUCAGAGGAAACAGCAUCAUCAUGCUAGAGGCGCUGGAGAGAGUAUGAAGAUCCCCUUUUCUGUUUCUCCACCCUGAUGUGUUUUUGUUACGAAAGAACCAGGCAGAUGUUAAAAAAAGUGUUGAAUGAUGGGGUUGCCGCUUUAAACACCUUGAAUGUGUUUUUGUUUUUUUCCUUGGUAUUAUUUAGAAAUAUCUGUAUCUCAAACAAUUUUGUCAAUAAAUUUGAAGAAUUGCUAUUCUUUA